GGAAGGGGGCGUUCUGGUCACGUGACCGCGUCGCCCUUAGGGUUAGGGGUUGCCGUGACAGCGGGAGAGUCUCCGCGGGUUCGCUCGGGCGAAGCGGCGGCGGGGCUCGUUCGGGGCGGCUCUCGCCUCUUUCGCGGGGAAAGGCGAGUGAGGCCUGUCCGCGUCCGGGCGCGCUUCGUCUCCGCCGGCCUCAUGGAGCGCUCCGGGGCCAUGACGGACAUGUACGACCAGGCGUUGCUGGGGAUCUUGCAGCAUGUGGGCAACGUGCAAGAGUUCCUGAAUAUCCUCUUCGGUUUCCUCUACCGCAAGACCGACUUCUACCGGCUGUUGCUGCAGCCCUCCGACCGGCUGGGCUUCCCGCCCGGCGUGGCCAUGAGCAUGGCCGUUCGGGCGUUCAAAAACUUCGAACAUCUGGCCCGCCAAGAUGAUGAGAAAAGACAGCAAGAAAUUGAGGGGAAAUUGAAGAAAAGAGAGGCGGACUUGGUGGCGGCAGGGGAGAGAAUAAAGGUGCCUGCUGCAAUUGAAGAGGUUGAGGUCACCUCCGCAGCGGAGCAGCAGGACUCUGGAUCGGAAACUGGAAAGGCUGCCGAUUCAGAAGAGCCCGUGAGAGCAGAAGAAGCAGUACAAGCACAAGUCGCUGAUACAACAGCAGAACUGCCGGUACCCGUCAUCGCCCCUGUAGAAAGUGUGCAAACAGAAUUCCCCAGGAAACAGGAACAAUUCCAGGCAGAUCCUGACAGUUACAAUGGAGCUGUGCGAGAGAACUAUACUUGGUCUCAGGACUACAGCGACCUGGAAAUUAAAGUUCCAGUGCCCAAGCAUAUCGUGAAAGGCAGACAGGUUUCGGUGGACAUCGGCAGUAGUUCAAUCCAUGUGUCGGUGGUGGAGGGACGUGGGCGCCAAGUGCUCAUGGAAGGCACCCUUACUCACAAGAUCAACACAGAGACCUCUGUCUGGAGUCUAGAACCCGGGAAAUGUAUUCUAAUUAACCUCAGCAAAGUAGGUGAAUACUGGUGGAGUGCCAUUCUGGAAGGCGAAGAACAGAUUGACAUUGAUAAAAUCAAUAAGGAGCGUUCUAUGGCCACGGUGGAUGAAGAAGAACAUGCAGUGCUGGACAGACUGUCUUUUGAUUAUCAUCAGAAGCUUCAAGGCAAGCCCCAGAGCCACGAAAUGAAAGUCCACGAGAUGCUGAAGAAGGGCUGGGACGCCGAAGGGUCUCCGUUCCGAGGGCAGAAGUUCGACCCCUCCAUGUUCAACAUCUCUCCGGGGAACAUGCAUUUUUGAUGGUAGCGGCAAGUGAAGAGGAGGAGGAGGAGGAGGAGAACAUUGUGGCCUUCAUCCUUGGCACGAGCCCCCCCCCUCCCGACGCUACUGCCAGACUUUCACAUCCGACGCUGGAAGGGUCUCUUGUCCCUGCUUGUUCUUUGGGGCUUGUUUGUAAAAUGACAAGAUUGUUAAAAAUGGUUGGCAUGUGUGGGCUUGCUUUUGGGGAGGGGGCAGAGAGGGAAUUGAAGUGCGGAACGUGGGUGUAAGUCCUUCCCUCCAGCGCCAGGUUGGCGCUUUUGAUAUUUAUGUGGGGGAAGCCUAGCAAAAGCAGCAUUACGUACUGUGUCACCACGGCAACCUGCAGCUGCUGGUUGCAUUUCCUCGUCUCCUUAAUGGAUUCAUUUGUUGCUUGGGGUGGUGGUGGGGGGAGAGAGAGAGAAGAAGAGAGGUUGGUUGAAGGUAUUCCUCCUCCCCUUUUCAGAAAUAGAUGCAGCUGGGUGAAAUGGUGACAACUUCUCUCUGGCUUCCUUGAAACCGCCUUCUCUGUGUGUGUGUCUGUGUGUGUCUGUCUGUCUCCCCGCUCUGCAGCUUUUAGGGAACCCGAACUCCUCCGAGUGCUGGGCAGCGACAAGUCCUGGCAAUCUGCAAUCAGUGUCAUUUGAGCGGGAUCUAAAUUGUUGGGUUUGGUCCUCAAGACCCAAGGAGUGGGAGGGGAACGUUGGAGGAUCAGGCACGUCAGUGGGAAGGAGCCCGCCCAGAAGGUGACACUUGCACCAGCGUUUCUAUGAUGGCCUAAGAAGCCUGGCCAACAGAUAACCCAGUACAAAACGGGCACACUAGAGGCUCUUCAUGCUGUGGUUUUCCGUUGUGUUUGUGAUUCAUAGAUCACAGAAUCUCAGAAAACUGCAGCUCCCUCUCCCUCUCCUCACCCCCACCCCCCACCCCAAAUGCUCUAGCCAGGAAGCUUUCUGAGCUCAUGGCCCCAUUUUCCUCAUUUCUCCACCUAUAAUUAUAUGAAGUGCUUAAUUGUAUUUUAUACAUUUCUGGGAUUUUGAUCAACAGGGAGAUGGGGGCAAUUAGGACCAUCUGGCAGAGUUUUUAAGAGCCCUUUUUGUGUAGAGCGGUCCCAACAAAAUUAGCCUCCCUCUACCCAGCUGCUAUUUGCCCCAGAAAGAAAACUGCCAUUAAGGUCAAUAGUAAUUUUUCCUCCUAGAGCAAUUUCCAUAUGUAUGUAUGCAUGUGGCCACUGUGAUUAUCAUCUUCAUAACUUUUAAAAAAUAAUAAUAAUAUUAAACAAGGAAAAGUCGCCCUCCUAUAGCUGGCUAGAUCCUUUUAGGGACCCUUUUAACUAACCCCCUGCUUGUGCCAUUACAUAAGAACCCUGUACCAUGUAAGUAAUAAGAAAUAGCUAUACACAAAAAGGAAAUAAAGAGAUGGUACAUUUCCAUUUGUCCAUUUAUAACAAAAGCCCCAACCCCGUCAAAAUAUUAAAAACACAUUUUUAAGUGAGUUGAAUCUCUAAACAGGCUACUCGGAAACUGAAAUAGCCGUCUUGUCUAUCCUGAAGGAGGGGGGCCACUGAUAGAACUGUUUGGGGGCUCAGUUUCUUUGAGAGAAUUACAACUCUGACAACAAAGUCCA